CGGCCGCGCGAACGCGCGCCCCGCCCUGCGCGCCUUCCCAUCUGUGCUCCCCAGCCUUUUCUGCCUCUUAGAACCUUCCUGCGGUCGUGCUCGCAUCUCGCUGCUGCAGCCUCCGGGGCUCCGUUACGUCCUUUCAGUCUGAAACCGGCCCAGAGGAAAAAAACCCCAAAAACCUUAAUUAUCUUUUCUUCCUCGGUACCUACAUUGGAACCAUCAAAAAAAAAUUUAUUACAGUAAACCGUAGCCAUGAGGGAAAUCGUGCACAUCCAGGCCGGACAGUGUGGCAACCAGAUCGGUGCUAAGUUCUGGGAGGUGAUAAGCGAUGAACACGGCAUCGACCCCACCGGUACCUACCACGGGGACAGCGACCUGCAGCUGGACCGAAUCUCUGUGUACUACAACGAAGCCACAGGUGGCAAGUAUGUCCCUCGAGCUAUCUUGGUGGAUCUAGAACCCGGGACUAUGGACUCUGUUCGCUCAGGUCCUUUUGGCCAGAUCUUCAGGCCAGACAACUUUGUUUUUGGUCAGUCUGGGGCAGGCAACAACUGGGCUAAGGGCCACUACACAGAGGGAGCUGAGCUGGUUGACUCUGUCUUGGAUGUGGUGCGGAAGGAGGCGGAGAGCUGUGACUGCCUGCAAGGCUUUCAGCUGACCCACUCACUGGGUGGAGGCACUGGCUCUGGCAUGGGCACCCUGCUCAUCAGCAAGAUCCGGGAAGAAUAUCCUGACCGCAUCAUGAAUACCUUCAGCGUGGUCCCCUCACCGAAAGUGUCUGAUACCGUGGUAGAGCCCUACAACGCCACCCUGUCCGUCCAUCAGUUGGUGGAGAACACAGACGAGACCUACUGCAUCGACAACGAGGCCCUCUACGACAUCUGCUUCCGUACCCUCAAGCUGACCACGCCCACCUACGGGGACCUGAACCAUCUCGUCUCAGCCACCAUGAGCGGCGUCACCACCUGCCUCCGUUUCCCGGGCCAGCUUAAUGCUGACCUUCGGAAGCUGGCUGUCAACAUGGUGCCAUUCCCACGUCUCCACUUCUUCAUGCCUGGCUUUGCCCCUCUCACCAGCCGUGGAAGCCAGCAGUACCGGGCCCUCACUGUGCCUGAACUUACCCAGCAGGUCUUCGACGCCAAGAACAUGAUGGCCGCCUGCGACCCGCGCCACGGCCGGUACCUCACAGUUGCGGCUGUCUUCCGUGGACGGAUGUCCAUGAAGGAGGUCGAUGAGCAGAUGCUCAACGUGCAGAAUAAGAAUAGCAGCUACUUCGUGGAAUGGAUCCCCAACAAUGUCAAGACAGCUGUCUGUGACAUCCCGCCACGAGGCCUCAAGAUGGCAGUCACCUUCAUUGGAAACAGCACGGCCAUCCAGGAGCUCUUCAAGCGCAUCUCGGAGCAGUUUACGGCCAUGUUCCGCCGGAAGGCUUUCCUCCACUGGUACACUGGUGAGGGCAUGGACGAGAUGGAGUUCACCGAAGCUGAGAGCAACAUGAACGACCUCGUCUCCGAGUACCAGCAGUACCAGGAUGCCACAGCAGAAGAGGAAGAGGAUUUUGGAGAGGAGGCAGAAGAAGAGGCCUAAGGCAGAGAGCCCUGCUUCACCUCAGGCUGCUUAGUUCCCUCAGCUUCCUCCUACUGCCCUUUGUUCUCCAGUUUCUUUCUGCUGCCUCUGUCCUGUUUUUGUUUCGUUUUUGUUUUCUUGGUGCCUGGCACAUGGGAGGCACUCAAUAAAUAUUUGUUUGUGGAA